AUGACCGAAAAUUCUAUGACAGAUGAACAUAAAUAAUUUAUUUAAAAAAUAUCAUUUCCAGGUAGAGUUGAAUUAAAUUCUAAUGUCACUUUAGUUAAAUUUAUGUUGAAACUUCAAUAUUAAUUUAAAUGGAUAUUAUUUAUAUUUAAAUACUUGCCUAAAGAGUAAUAUUCAUAUAUGAAUAAUUUUCUUUAAUUUCUAAAAACCCCAAUUAUAGCUAUGAAAAUAUUUACAACUUUAUUAAAUUAAUUGCUCGUUGAUCAUUUUAUAAAUUUUCAGAUAUAUGAUAAUCCUGAUUCAAUCUUUAAUGUAAAUUCUAAGUCAUUACUUUAUAAAAAUAAUAAAUUGUUUAUUGUGACCAAUUAUAUUGAUUUUAGCCAUUAAUAUUGA